AUGUGGCCCUCGAUAGUCAAAGUACUUGAAACAGUAUUUGAAGAUGGGGUUGAUCCAGAAAUAAGUGGCAAAUCUAAAGGGUUGCUUCAAAAGAUAGAAAAUUUUGAUUUUGUGUUUCUCAUGAUGUUGAUGAAACGCUUGUUGGUGACUGUGAAAGAGGACUUGCAUGCAUUUCGAAAAUCGGGAUGGGAUGAUUUCUUGCAAGAAGUGGAAGCAUUUUGCCGGGCAAAUGAAAUUGAUGUUCCUAUCAUGGACGACAUUGUUCCAAGACGUAUUCGCAUGAAGAAUGAUGGAAAAACUAUUACAAACUAUCAUUAUUAUCGUGUUGUUGACUUAAUUAGUCAAGAAAUGAGGAAUCGUUUUUCUGAAUCCAACACCGACUUACUCGAAUGUAUGACUUUCUUUUCAUCCAUGGAGCUUAGCUUGUUAACUCAAGAACUUCGAAGUUUCAUGAGUGAUGCAAGAACAGAUACACGUUUCUCAGAUGUUGAAGAUUUAGGAACUCUUUCACAGAAGAUGGUUGAAAUGAUGAAAGAUAAGAUUUUCAAAUUGGUUUAUCGAUUGAUAAAAUUGAUCUUACUUUUACCAGUAGCGACAACAUCUGUUGAAAGAGUGUUUUCUGCAAUGAAAUUUGUGAAGUCAGAGCUGCGAAAUAAGAUGGGAGAUGACUGGUUAAACGACAGUUUGAUGGUAUAUAGCGAGAAGGAGGUGUUUGCAACUAUUCCCAAUGAAAUGAUUUUGAGUCGUUUUCAAAAAAUGGGUACUCGAAGAAGCCAACUAUCUCGCAUAGCAUAA